UGUCGUGUGCGUGUGCGUGUGCGUGCGUAUAAUAACGUACGACGACGUCACGGACCGACGGGAAUGCGGUCGUCAGGUAGGGCACACAACCGGUGAGUUCCUGUUGCCGUCGGACGACUCGAGUGGGGGGAAAACGUUCGACGACGCGAGCGCCGGCCAGCCGCGGACGCCCGCUCAGUCAGUUUUUGAUACCGGUUCGUCUCGCCGUCCGUCGUGUGUCCCGCGCUCGAGUGUACCGUACCUGCGUGUUCCGUCCGUGUGAUCCGUGCUCGUGAUGUCUUGUUCGCGUCGUCGACGUGCGUGAUCCAUACGAUUUCCGGCGAAUAGUGCGCGGGUGAAAUAGUACAUAUUUUUAACUCUUGUUCCGGGGUUUUCGUGCACAGUGUCGACAUGUCGUCGUCGUCGCAGUUGUAAUAAUAUUUCGCAGUGCCCGGACAGUUGUCGAAAAGUGCGCGUCGCGUAUAACAAUAAUAUUAUUAUUGCAGUAAUCAAAUUAAUUCUUGUUCGUGCGGUUUAGUGCGAAAAUGUGGUGGUUUAGCGGCAAUCGCGGUUCGCGGUUCUUGGCCGCGGCGGCGUUGCUGGCGCUGGCGGUGCCAUCCGCGGUCCGGUCGUUCGAGGGCUGUCCGGCCGUGUGCUCUUGCAAGUGGAAAGGUGGCCGACGGACGGUCGAGUGCGCCGACCGCGCGCUCAUCACCGUCCCGACGGGCGUAGAUCCGGAAACCCAGGUGUUGGACCUGUCCGGAAACAAUCUGCAGAUCUUGCCCAACGAGACUUUUUACAAGGCAGGUCUGGUCAACCUGCAAAAAGCGUACCUGCGCAACUGCCGCAUCGGGCAGAUCGACGAGAGUGCGUUCCGCGGUCUGACCAAUUUGAUCGAGCUGGAUCUGUCCAACAACAUGCUCACUUCAGUGCCGUCGUACGUGUUCCGGGACGUGCCGUACCUCCGCGACCUGUCCGUGGCCGGUAACCCCAUACAGAAGAUCGAGGCGCAUGCCUUUUCCGGCUGUCCGUCCGUCGUCAAGGUGGACGCGUCCCACUGCGGACUUCAGUCCGUGGCCGGUCUCGCGUUCGACGGCGUCGUCAGGCUGGAGACGCUCCGCAUCAACGGCAACCGGCUGACCGAGCUGUCGGCCACCGUGCUCGAGUCGCUCAACAAACUCCGGUCCGUCGAACUGCAUGACAACCCGUGGGUGUGCGACUGUCACCUGCGACCCAUGAAGCUGUGGCUGGCCGGCAACAACGUGCCGUACAGCCAACCGGCCCUGUGCUCGGGCGGUCCCGACAGGCUGUCCGGCAAACCGCUUACCGAGCUGGACGUGGAGGACUUCGACUGCCGACCGGACGUGCGCGCCGAGUCCCGGUACGUCGAGGUAACCGAGGGCCACAACGUGACGGUCCGGUGUCGCGUCGAGCCCGGUUCGAUGGCGCACAUCGCGUGGUACCUCAACGGCCGCAGAUUGCAGGGCGCCGGUACGCCGGCCGUCGGGUAUCCGGGCGCCGCGUCCGCUAACCCGCGCAUGUUCGUCGUGGACGGCGUGGACGAGGAGGACGGCGGUCGUCGUAGCGAGAUGACGCUGACGGACGUGAGGAGAGAAGACGCGGGCCAAUACUCGUGUCUGGCCGAGAACCGAGCCGGCAACUCCGAGGCCAAUUUCACAGUUUACGUGAGCGACCGGCCAUCCGUCAUCAUGUCGACGUUCGGUUCUGCGCACGUGAACGGCGUGGCCGCCGCCAUGGCCGCGCUCAUCGUGUUCAUACUGGUGUUGAUCGCAUUGACCGUGAUGCGGAUCCGGCGGUCCGGAUAUCCGGCCGACACCAAGCCAACGGAAGUGGCCGGAAACCGCGGUGGCGGCGGUAGCGGCAAGCCCAACACCGGUUCGAUGGCCAUGCACGGUGGUGGAGCGACGAUGGGACGGGGCGGGGGAGGAUACGGAAACGGUGGCAUGUUGACCAGCGGCGGCAAGACCAACCCCGCGCUGGACAUAUCGUCCGUGAUCGAGCGGAACUACGAUCCGGACCUGGAACCCGGGCUAGGAUCCGUCUGCACGCCCACGGGAUCAUAUCACGUAGCCGGACUUGACCUGAUACACGACCACGACGCUUCCAGGCUGGAGAUGUGUGAUUCGCCGAUGUCCUCGACCGCCAAACCUCCACCAUCGUAUUACAGCGGAGGCAGGACCGUGUCCAGUGGCGGAAACGUGCGCCCUUACGACGACCGGACGCCGAUCAUCGGCACCGGAAGUGCAGGAGACGCGUAUAGCGUGGGCACCGGAUCCGACGAAGUUUUCUCGUACAACAGCCAGCAGCAGUUGCACUACGGCGGCGGUAGUCAUUACGGUCAUCAUCAACAACAACAACAACAAGCCAUCGGCGGCGGUAGCGUCAACAGCGAUUACCCGGCCGACUACGGUCUGCCGAUCUUACCGACCGGUCAUCACCUCAAUCAGUCUUCGACCAACGUCUCUCAGUACGGCCAUCAUCCGCAGCAGCACCCCCAACAACAACAACAACUACAACAACACCAACAACAACCACAACACCAUCAGUUUUACAACAACAACCAACACCAACAUCAUCAGCAUCAGCCGCAGCAGCAACAGGAAUACGUCCAACAACAGCAGGAAGCGUCGCAGCAACCGUCGGUGAAGACCCUGCGGGUGUGGCAGAGGGGCGUACCCGUGUUGCCCACCACGCCGUCCCUGCAGAGGUUUGCCAACAGGACUUCGCCCACCACGCCCGGCACCGACGUCUGAGGGUAGAACUCGACCCGGGAUCGUCGUUAUCCUUCCGACACCUGUAGUACACCGUAUAUAAUUAAUCUUGUUGUACCGUUGCUUUAGUUUUAUUUAUAACGGCGCGUUUCGUUCCUUUCCGCGUUACUUUUCUACGAAUUUUGUUGUUGUUGUUGUUAUGUUAUUUUUAAUUACGUGCUCGGCGUGUGACGCUACUGCGAUGACCCGAAACGGACGAUUUUUUCCAUCCCGGUAACACCUGCGGAGUGGCGACCAAAAUCCAUGGCCGACCAUCGACAGAGCGAUCUUUUUCAAAUCGUCUGCGUACAGUAAAAAAACAAAGUACCUUUUUUCGGUAAUAAAAACUCCGACCGGUUACCUGUGUAUAGGCUCGUUUUUUUUUUUGUUUUCGAGAAAAAAAUUAUCUUCCUACUUUUUCGAAAACCAAAACGAAACGGAAAAAACCGGCCGUGAGAUCUCAUUCGUUACGGAGACUCGCGUCAUGCCCAAUGUUGUUCCUCUUGUACAUUAUUGUAAUAGCUGAUGUAUAUAUAAAAAAUAUUAUAUUAUAUUAUUGUAGGCACGACGGCGUGAUGUACCUAUAUAAUAUAUUAUUACUAUAUCACGCCGUAAACGAGUUAUGUGUAAGUAUAUAACGCGUAUAGGCAUUAUGAUUCCCCCCCCCCAAAAUAUGGCUGUGAUGAUGCGGUUUGUUUUUUGCUCGACGGCGACAAAGAAAAACCUAUUUUAUUUUUUAUCAUUAUUAUCGUUAUGAUUAUUAUUUUAUUUUAUUUUUUUAAAUUACCUCUGUAAGAUAAAAAUGUUAAAAACAAUAAUAAAAAAAAAUAAUAUUAUUCCGUAAUGCAAACGACUACUAUGUAGGUACGGAGACGACGGUGACGAUAUUAUAUUACAUAGGCGCACGCACGACGCAUAGCUGAAAUACCAAAUCAAACAUUAUUAUAAUUAUUGCAGUUUUAUUAAUAUAUUUUUUUUUUAUAUUAUGUAUAAAUAGUUAUAAAAUAUAAUAUCCCCAGUGUCCGCGGCCUGCGCCAAAAUUCCCGUCGCCCGGCGUCGUAGACUAUAAUAUAAUAUUACGCAUUGUCACUACUAUAUAUUGUUAUAUCAUAUUAUAUUAUUAUGAAGAUUACCUAUGAUUUUAAUUUUUGUAAUAUCUCCAUUUUCUAGUAUUAUCGUUGUUACGUGUAUAUAAUAUAUUAAUAAGGAAUAUUAUUUAUUUGUCGCUUGUGUAGAUAUAAAUGUUUAAUAUUAAGCGAAUUGUACCUACGUUUUUUUUUUCUAAUUUUGAUGAACUACAAUUUCAUCGUUUAGUCGUCGACCCAAUACAAUAUUAUAAUAUUAUGAUACAUAAAAUACGAAUUAUACGUUAAGACACAAUAAUUUAUUAUAUCCGACGUUUUUUUAUUUGAA